GACUCUCCGAAGGCAAAACAACGCACUUGCACCCCGACUUUUCAAAUAAGACGACAUUAACUUUAGGACUUAACUAAACUAAAUAAAUAAAUAAAGUCAGUCGCCGCAACAGAAUGCAUAUUGGGUGUCAGCAGCUGCUGCUUUUACUGGUUGCCUGUGUAUUCCUUAGCCAUACGCAGGCCUAUUCGGCUCUUCAGGAUGCUCGGAUUAUCGCUGAAUAUAAGCGGCAGCUGGAACUAAAUCAUGCCAAGAUCGCGCGCCAGCUGGUGCACCGUGCCAAUUGGGCAUCUGUGGGCAGCAUUUCAACUAACGAAGCUGUGAAGGACUAUCCCAUGGUUAAUAUUAUAUCGAUCGAUGACAAUGGUCUUGAUGGCAACUCCACGGGCGUAAUACGAUUUUUGCUAACCGAUUUGGAUUUUACGGGCCCAGAUUGGCAAAAAAAUAACAAGGUGACUUUCAUGUUUACGGCUGAGCAGACGCUGAGCUGCACGAAUGCAAGCAAGGAUCCCAUGGAGCCAACCUGUGCGCGUGUCAUCAUCAGCGGUCAAGUGAAAAAGCUCCCGGAGCAUGCACCAAGCUAUAAACCUGCAAUGAACACUUUUAUAAAUCGCCAUCCAGCGGCGGCCAGGUGGAUAAUUGAGCAUCAUUUCUAUCUGUGCGAACUGAACAUAAGGAACAUAUUUGUGCUGGACUUCUAUGGUGGGCCGCACCAGGUCAACGCCUCGGACUAUUACGCUAUUAAGAUUUAAGCACUGAUUAACGUAGUAUCUACGUUUUAGCUGCCACUUGACGCGCCAGUCCUUUGUUUACCAUCCGAGAAAGAAUUAUGUACAUUGAUAAGAGAAUUGUCUCAUUGAACUGGCGAUAUUGUACUGAAAAUAUUUGAUAUGGUUCUGCGAAGUAAUGAGAAAUUGGUGAAAGCAACAGAUAUCAGGAAAAAUGCGACUUAAGCAAAUAUAAAGAUUUAAUUUAAGGGAUCGUAUAAUAGUACUUGCGCUCAAUAUAAUGGGAUCCGUUUAUUUUUAUAAAGCUAUUUAUACCCGAUUCUUUAAUGUUCAGACAGCCAGUAAUGUACAUACAAUAAAUUGUUUUUGAAAAAAA